CUACAAUGUCGCUUUAAUCUGAUUUAAACAACAUGUUGUUGAUAUUGUAUUCUGUAUUUACUUUCGGUAUUUUGUUUACGACAUGUUCUGGAGAUGUUGAGUUGUUGGGAAAAGGCCGUUGGCUGGUACUGACAAUGAUGGACUGCGAGGACGCGGACCAAUACGACAUCAUACUGACGUCAUCGCGGACCAAGAUCAACAGGACUCACGACAGCUUCAACUUACACAUGGACCUUGAUAGAGAACUAAAUUCCUCGUAUGGAGUACAACUCAUUAUAUACAAGGAAAUGGACGGCGGUUUCAAAUAUCACCAGACGAUGGGGAGUGAUAACUUCUGUGAGUACGUCAAGGAAAACACUGGCGAAAACUGGAGUAAACUCCUCACCCUGGGUGGCUUUGACCCACCCGACUGUCCUAUACCAACGGGGGAAUUUAAAAUCAACGAGUUUAUAGUUGACUACCAGCAACUGGAAGAGACGGGUUUGUACGGCACGUUCGACGUGACACUUCACUUGUUGCACGAGGGACACAAGAUCAUAUGUACCCGGUGGUUGGUGCGCUUCGAGAAGGAACACGACGAGGAUGACGACGACGACGAUGAUGAUGAUGAUUAA